CGGAAAUCCAGGCGACAGCAAAAGGAAGUAGGCGCAAGGCGCGACUUGGAGUUCUGUCGAAGAAGCCGGAGUCGGAAAAGCAGUGUGGCAAGCUGCUCAAAACAUCAAAUCGAUUUACUUCGCUUCCCGUAUAUGAGUGGAAUCCUAGCACAACAAGCACCAUGGGCCGCCGCAAGGAUACGAAGCGGACCCCUCUAGUAGACACAUCAAAAAACUAUCAAGCAGACACAUCAGCAAACAAAAAGGCCACGCACGUAACUCCCCGUAGCAGCACUGCAGACGAGGCCAUCCUUCGCUUCAUCCAGGGACGAAAGCGGACGGCCUCACUACCUCGGCUACCUGCUUUGGGUGCCAUUCUGAGAAGAUGGCGGCGCGGAGAGCUGCCCUCUGGCUUUUUCUUUGCAGCCAUGGCAGUGGCGUGUGCGUCUUUCUUCGUGUUGGCGGUGUGGAUGGUGGCUGGCCGCGGCGUUGGUCUACAAGCACAACAAGCCUUGCCAUCAGCAUCGUCAAAGCUCAGCAGCCUGUUAGUCUCGUCUGUAGACCGUGCGGGAUUUGGGCUCGUCAUUGGCACCCGCACCUUGUUGCUGCUAUGCUGCCUCCGUGGGAUGUUGGUUUUGCUCUUGCGCAGGCUCUUGCCUUGUCUCCAGAGUGCGCACUUUCGCCUACUCGAUGCUGUCAGACUGACUGGCUCGGUGGUUUCCACCCUACUUUGGACGAGU